CGUUUCUCCUUCGUGCAGGUCACAGAUGAGGGGAAGGAGGGCGUCGCAGGAGAAGCCCCCCUCCGGCAGGUCUUCCACAGGCCGGUCCAGGUCAGCCUCGAGAGCCAAGGAGAACCUCCCUCCUUCUCGCGGCGACUCCGAGUACGAGAGGGAAGUAGGAGGCGAAGAGGAAGAAGGGGAAGGAGAAGAGGGGGCGAGAGGAGGCCAGAGACGAAGGAGCGACGAACAGCAAGAGGACCCGGCAGGAGAUGGGUGCCUCAAUGUGUCUCGUCUGGCUGGGCAGGUGCUGGGAAGGGGGAGGAGGGGGGAUGAUGCGAGUGGGGAUCCUGCCGGCCUUCACCAAGAGCAGCAAGACGGCCUCUCUGCCCCGCCACGCCACAGUCAUGUCCUCCCGCGGCUCUCACACCCCCGAGCUUCCUUCGUCCGCCGCCCCCACGCCCCCGCCGACGCCCGAACGACAGCCCUCGACGGCUCCGACGCCUCCGCCCACGCCCUCCAGUGCCCACAGGCCGCCCGUGCCCGAGUCCCCGAAGCCGAAGAUUAAGGGCGCGGGCGGGCAGAAGCGGGCGGCCUCCGUGUCCCCGGCGAGGGAGAAGAGGCGCUCCUUGCGAGGCCUUUCGAGGGACCGCUUCCCGCAGCUGCCCCACCUCCCGUCCAUGCCCAAAGUGCCCUCGAUGCCCAAAGUGCCCUCGAUGCCCAAAGUUCCUGCUAUGCCUAAAGUUCCUCCAAUGCCCAAAGUCCCAUCGAUGCCCAAGAUGCCCGCUAUGCCCGCCAUGCCCAAGAUGCGUCCCUUGCCGCGCGCGCCUUCGCUCCCGCCUCAGCUGAGGAACCUCCUGGGCAGGCGCGACGGCGGGGGCAGCGAGUCCCGCGACGACAACCCCAGCAAGCCGUCGCGCCGCCCGGGCCCCGUCGGCCGCACCUGGGUCAAGGUCUACGACGACAUCACCUUCAUGGACGACGACAAAGACAACGAGCUGUACCCCGUCCUGGCCUACACAGGUCGCCCUCAGAGUGUCCCCGAGGCCGCCCCUCUCCCUAUGGCGCCCACGCCUCCUCCUCCGCGUUCGCAUGCCCGUCAGCCCUCUGUCGAGAGCGAGUACGACAAUGUGGUGAAGGAGGAGCUGCAGCGGGUGGUUCCCCAGGCCGGAGACAGUCCCAGAGAAGUCCCCCACUCCCAGGGGCGUGGCAGGGACAGGUUCCGAGGGCGUCGCCAGAAGAGGACCGACACGCCCAUCACCGUAGGGCACCCAGGGCCCGACGACGAGGUCGAAGAUGCCCGCAUGACGGCGCUCGAGGCACAGAUCCUAACCUCAGCCUCGAGCUCGGCGCAGAAAGAGGAAGAGGAGGACUACAUCAUCCCUCAGGCCCUCAAGCCUCACAAGCCACCUCGAGGCAUCAAAGUCUACGACAACAUCGAGAUUAAGCCCGCUGAGGCUCAGCCCGCUCCCUCUGCAGUCGAGGACGAGCCCGUGAAGCCCCAACGCGGCAUUAAGGUCUAUGAAGAAGUAAUUAUACGACGUCAGCAAAUCGAGAAAGAAAUGGAAGAGAAGAAAGAAGCAGAGAGGAGAGAGGAAGAGAGACGAGAGCAAGAAAGAAUACAGCAAGAGAAAGAAGAGGAGGAGAGAAGAGAGCAGGAGAAAAGAGAGGAAGAGCGAAGAGAAGCGGAGAAGAGCGAGGAGACGAAGACAGAUGCCAUGGAGUGUGACGACGUUCCCCUCCCGCCCCGCCCGCAAAGAGGCAUCAAGGUCUACGAGUCCAUCCUUCUGAAGCCGAGUGAAAAGACAGCGGAGAAGGAAGAAGAAAAAGCAGGAGGCACGGAAUACACCUUCCAAACGACGAUGGAACAGACGGUGGAAGUGAUGGACGCGUCGGAGGUCGGAGGAGGAGAGAGCGCGAAGGAGUCGGAAGAGAAGGAGAAAGAGGAGGAACAGACUCCCCCCCGGCCGACUCGAGGGAACAAGGUGUACGCCGCCGUCCUCAUCCAGCGACACGACGCCAGCGACCAGGCCGUCGUCUCGCAGGUCACCCUCACCUCCACCUCCUCCACCACCACGACAACCACGUCCGAGGUCAAGGCCAGCGAGACCGAGACAUCCGAGGUCAAAGUUCAAGCGGCGGAUGUCAAGGUGAGCGAAGGCGAAACGGCGGAGGUCAAGGUCGACUCGGAGAUGGUAGACAAACAGGAAGUGAAAGCUGAGGCAGAUUCCAAGGUCGAGGCAGAUUCCAAGGUCGAGGCAGAGUCCAAGGUUGAGGCAGAGCCCAAGGUCGAGGCUGAUUCCAAGGUCGAGGCUGAUUCCAAGGUCGAGGCUGAUUCCAAGGUCGAGACAGAGCAAAAGGUCGAGGCGGAGUCCAAAGUAGAAACAGAGCAAAAGGUCGAGGUAGAUUCCAAGGUCGAGGAGGAAGUGAAGGUAGACGCAGACGCCAAGGCCGGACCGGAGAAGACCCCCGAAGACGUUGACGAAGAUCAGAACAAGGUUCCUCCUUACGCCCGUGUCCACAAGAGCGGGGGCGUGAAGGAGCUACGCCCGCUGAGACCCGAGGAGGACGAUGAAACGCCGCCGCCCAUCCCGCCCAAGAAGAAGGGCCUGAGGACUAUCUCGCCCCAGACCCUCGAGGCUGAGCCGCCCCGCCCUCCGCGCCACCUCAAGCCCCGCCUGAAGAAGUCGCAGCAGGUCGUGCUGGUGAACGGCGAGGUGUCGUCGCCGUCGCGCCCCCCUCGCGGCUCCAAGCUCUACGCAAGCGUGGAGGUCACGCCUGCGCCGCCCAAACGCCACUCCAAGGUCGUCCGCAUCGAGGAGGUGGUCACACACAUCAAGGACGACAUGCUGGACGCGUCCGCCCCCGCGCGCGCACGCCCAGUCAAGCCCCUGCGGCACGCGCACGCCCACCACGACCCGCCCCCGCGCCGCAAGAAGCUCCGCACCAGCGAGGGCGACGAGGGCGACGACGGAGGCGCCGUGAAGGCCAGACUCACCGUCGACCCCACUCGACCGACCGCCAAGGUCGACCUCAGCGCCGACUUCGAAAACUACGAGAACGUGGACCUGAGCGAGGCGCGGCCCCAAGCCACGACCAGAUCCCGCACGCGACCGCUGCCUCCGCCGCCGCCGCCGCCCAAGAAAGGCAAGAUCCAGCAGAGACACCAGCAGCUCAUGCAGCAGCAGCAACAACAAAAAACAUCAACACAAGCUGAAUCAACUGAGCGCCAGGGCAGCCAACCCCUCCGUGGCGCGGCCGCCGCGUGCGCUGACACGGGGGCCGGGAGCGGCGCGGUUGGUACGCCGGGCGAGGAGGCGGGGCCUUCUCAGCGCAAUCACGUCGUCAGUGUCACUUCAGCCUCAGCGACGACAAGAGCAGGUGCGAAGGGGACGCAGCCCGACGGCAGCAGGCUUGAGACGGACAUCGAUGACAACCUGAAGACCAUCGAGAGUUCGUUCGCCACUCUAGACACGGUGUUGAAGUCGCUGCAGAACUACUCGCAGACUUCCCCAAGGCGAGUGCUGCUGGGCGAGGGAGGCGAGGGUGCCACCAGUGCUCUACCCACCUCCGCCGACGCUGCCGCCACAGCUGUCUCGCAGGAGGGCCCUGCCUCCCCCCACGCCCCUCCUCCCUCCACCCCCGCUCAGCAGGAGCAGGGGAAGGACACAAGCACACAUGAUGUAAGCCAGCAGGGCGAGCAGGAGGCGAGGAGCGAGAGGCAAGAGGAGGGCAAGGCGCGGGAGAGCGCGAGCGAGGCGGCGACAGCAAAGGAACAAUCAGCUGAUGCGAGCCCCUCCCCCGCCCCCGCCCCGGCUGACGGCCCCCCCGAGGCUGACGCUACGGCCCACGUGACAAGCACCGAGAGUGAAGUGAAGCCCGAAGUGAUCGCUGAAGUGAAGUGUGACUCACAGGCUGAAGUGAAAGUGCUCGAGGCUGAAGUGAAAGAAGUGCAAUUAGACGUGAAAGAGGCACAUGUCGAGGUAAAGUUAGAACAGCCUGCAGUGGAGGAGGUUCUGAUACAGCCUGUAGCGAGUGAAAUUCAGGAAGCCAAAGCUGAAGUGAAGGUAGAACAAUCUGCGCUGAAGGAGGCGAAGGAGGAGCAACCUGAGGUGAAGGCUGCCCUUCCUGAAGUGAUCAGUGUUCUCCCUGAAACGGUAGAACCACAAGUUGCGGUACAGGAACCUGAAGUAAUACAGGCAGAAGCAGUACCUGAAGCACAGGCCGAGGCGAAGAUAGAAGAGAAGGAAACAACGCAAGAGAAAAAGGAAGAAGAGCAGAAGGAAACAACGCAAGAGAAAACGGAAGAAGAGCAGAAGGAAACGAAAGCAGAAGAACAGAAAGAAGCAGAAGCUGAAGAACAGAAGGAAGGAGCAGCAGGAGGAGAAGAAACAACGAGGAAGACGAAGAAGAAGAGGAGGAGCUCGGCGAAAUCGGAAGGGAAGACCGUGUUCCAGACCCUGUACCAGGUGGACGCUCUCAAGAAGGAAAUAAAUAAGGCAAAAUCGACGUCGACGGAAGGAGGAGAGGCAGCCGAGGAAGUGAAGGACGGAGAGCAAGAACACGCAGAGGAAGUUCAAGUUAAAGAACAAGCCAGAGCUGAGGAAGACAAGGUAGAAGAACAAGCGAAGUCUGAAGAAGUUCAGGCCGAAGAAACAGCCACAGCAAAAGUCGAGGAAAUAGAUAAACCCGUUGAAGAAAAGGCUGAAGAACAAGAUAAGACAGAAGUUAAAACUGAAGAAGUUAACGUUGAAGAACAGGUGAAAACUGAAGAAGCAGAACAAGUGGAACCAAGAAGUGAACACACUGCUGAAGAAGCAAAGGUUGAAGAACAAGCGAAAACUGAAGAAGAAAAAGAAGGAACUAAAAAAGCAGAAGUGAAGGAAAGAACAGAUGAACAGAAUGAAGAACAAACGCUUGCAGCAGAAAAAGAACCAGAGAGUAUAGAAAGUCAAACAAAAACUGAAGAACAGAAAGUAACCACAGACGAAGAGGCGAAAACAGCCGAGAGAAGAGAAGAGACCGAGAAGACAGAAGCAGCAAGCGAAGAACAAAGAGAAGAAAAGAAAGAGGAGAACACAGUAGAAGAGAGUGCGGCUUCACAAGACCCCGAAGCCUCGCAGGAAGAGAAGAGAGAAGAGACGAAAGAACAAGAGAAAAAGGAGACGCAGGAGGAAGGCGCGAGAGCAAGAGCCGCGCCCCCAGCAGCGGAGGGCGGAGAUCUCGCCUCCAGACUGGAAGGUAUUCGAACCGCGCUCGAGAGUGUUAUUUGCAACCUUCCAGACUCCUCCACUUCCUCAUCCUGCACCGCUAACAACGCUGGGCCAGCUGCAUCUGCAUCUUCUAGCACCUCUGCACCCGCCGCUAACAACGGUAACAGUGUGGAUGGCUUGACCCCGCCCACUAACCCCCAGGCCGCGCCCUCUAACAUAACUGACCAAGGUGGCGUCGAGGCGAAGCAGGGAGAGAAGGACGGCGUCCCCGCCCCUUCGAGUCCACCUGAUGUAACCACGCCCCCUAGAACAUCCCCGAGUGCGUUUGAUGAUAACAACUUUGAUAACCGUGUUAGUUGUGUUAGUGAUACUAGCGAAGCCUCUGAACCCCCUGGCCUUCCCGCCGAACUAAAACCCCUCCCACGAAACCCCCCCGACCGCCCGGAGUCCCCUGGUCAAAGUGGUGACCCCUGUUCCCCUUCCGCCACUGAGACUGACCCUGUCCUAACCCGUGGUGAAGCCCUUACAACAUACCCCCCUGAAGCCUCACACCAUUCACACACUUGCACGGAAGCUUUGGAAACCCUGGUGAGUAGAACGACCCCUGUUAGUGAAGCUUCAUUUACACUUCCCCAGAACAUAGACUUGAUCAAAGGCUCGACAACCGCUGACAGUGAGGCGUUAGUCAACAUCAGCUACACCACAGUCACAGAUAGAGAAACCCCGUAUAGUGUUAGUGAAGCCUCAGACGAAAAAACAGAUAGUGAUAUUUUAGAUACAGGUAGUGAAACCCCAGACACAAGUAGGGAGAUUACAGGAACUCUCACAGUAGCCAUUUACGCCCCGCACACACUCAUUAAAACCGACACAACAGACACUGACGCUGUGAAUGAACCCCCACACACUGACAAUAAACCAACUGAAACUCAUAUCGAAACUUCAGACACUGUCACUGAGGCACAGGACACCGUAAAACUCCAGGACACCGUAAGUGAAACACAAGACUCUGUUGCAGUUACUUACAGCACUGGUACUACAAAACCCCUUGUCAGUCCUGAAAGCGAAACUCAGAUUAUUGCAAGAAUAGACCCGGUAGAAAACCAAGCCACAGACGCUGGGAAAGAGGACAGACAUUUUGGUAGUGAAGACACUGUUAGUGAAAACACAGACACUGCUAAAGAAAUCACAGACAUUGUUAGAGAAUCCACAGACACUGCUAAAGAAACCACAGACAUUGUUAGAGAAUCCACAGACACUGCUAAAGAAACCACAGACAUUGUUAGAGAACCCACAGACACAGCUAAAGAAACCACAGACAUUGUUAGAGAACCCACAGACACAGCUAAAGAAACCACAGACAUUGUUAGAGAACCCACAGACACAGCUAAAGAAACCACAGACAUUGUUAGAGAACCCACAGACACAGCUAAAGAAACCACAGACAUUGUUAGAGAACCCACAGACACAGCUAAAGAAACCACAGACAUUGUUAGAGAACCCACAGACACAGCUAAAGAAACCACAGACAUUGUUAGAGAACCCACAGACACUGCGAGCGAAACCACUUCCGCCGUUAGUAAAAUCACAGAUACCGUCAAUGAAACUGUAGAUAUAGUUAGAGAAACCGCAGACACCGUUUUAGAAACCACAGAUACUCUUAGAGAAACCACAGACACAGUUAGAGACCCAGCAAGCACUGUUCAAGAAGCUACAGAUGCUGCCAUUGAAAACGAAGGCACUGCUAGCAUAGUCACAGCUGCAAUAAGAGGAACCAGCGACGCCAUUCGGGAAACUACAGAUAUUGACAGUGAAACCACAGACACAGUUAGAGAAGCCACAGACACUGUAAUUGAAACCACCGGACCUGCUAGUGAAGCCACAGACACUGUUAGUGAAACCACAGACACUGUUAGAGAAGCCACAGACACUGUAAUUGAAACCACCGGACCUGUUAGUGAAGCCACAGACACUGUUGGUGAAACCACAGACACUGCUAGAGAAACCACAGACACAGUUAGUGAAAACACAUACACUGUUAGAGAAUCCACAGACACUGCUAGAGAAGCCACAGACACUGUAAUUGAAACCACAGACACUGCUAGAGAAUCCGCAGACACUGUUAGUGAAACCACCGGACCUGUUGGUGAAACCACAGACACUGUUAGAGAAUCCACAGAUACUGUUAGCGAAACCACAGACACUGAUAGAGAAAUCACAGACAUUAUCGGAGAAACCAAAGACACGGGAAGGGAGACUGCAGACGCUGUUAGUGAAGUCACAGACACUUUUGAAGAAACCACAGGGACUGUUAGCGAAACCACAGACGCUGACGGAGAAACCACAGACAUAAACCACCGAGUCUCCGUUAGUGAAACCGCAGACGCUGUAGGCCAAUCGUCAGAAACAGACACAGAUAAAGGCGAUCUUGAAUGUAAACCCUUAGUUACUGUCAGUGAAACCCCACAGUUUGAAAUCCAAGACACCGUAAGUGGAUCCACAGAUUUUGAAACCUUAGAUACCCUGAGUGAAACCCCAGAUUUUGAGACCUUGGAUAACGUCAGUGAAUUUACAGAUUACGAAACACUAGACACCCUUAGCGAAACCACAGAUUUUGAAACCCUUGAUAAUUUUAGCGAGUCUGCAGAAUUUGUAACAUUAAAUACCCUUAGUGAAACCCCAGAUUUUGAAACCUUGGAUAAUGUUAGUGAAUCCACAGAUUUUGGGACUUUAGAAUCUGUCAGUGAAACAGAUUUCGAUCCCCCAGAAGUUGAACUCGUAGACUCAGGCAGUGAAACCCCAGAAUACAUAACACAUGACAGGAGUAGCGAAACAACAGACAUAGUUAGAGAAACCUCACAGACUGAAACCCCAGACUGUCUCACUAAAGAAACUCCGGCUGUUGUUAGUGAAACUCCAGACACUGAUACGCGAGACUCUGGUAGACAAUUAUCAGACACUGUUAGUGAAGCCUCAGUUAUUGUUAGUGAAACCCCAGACACCUUAAGCGAGACUGCAGCUUUUGUUAGUGAAGCCUCAGACACUGUUUGUGAAAUAGACACUUGCUGUAAAGACCCAGACACUGUCAACCAAACCACAGACACUGAAUCCCCUGUUAUUGUUAGUGAAGCCCCAGACACUGUUAGGAACACCACGGAAACUGCUAGUGAAGCCUCAGACACUGUUAGGGAAGCCACAGAGAUUUUUAGUGAAGCCUCAGACAUUGUCAGGGAAGCCACAGAGAUUACUAGUGAAACCUUAGACACUGUCAGAGAAGUUACUGAUAUUACUAGUGAAGCCUCAAACACUGUCGGGGAAUCAGGGGAAGCCACAGAUGAAUCCAAAAGCCUCAGACACUGUCACUGA